AUGGAUGAAAUCACCAACGGCGGCGCCGACGCGCACGCCCUGCAGUGGGCCGUCGGCAAGGGCAAGGUCAAAUGCAAACUGAAGGCGGGUAAGACGGCCGUGCACAGCGUGUGCCCGCUGCCGGACGGCAGCUCGCUGCUGACGGCCAGCCGCACCAUCACCUGGUGGGAGCUGGCCUCGGGCGCUCAGCUGCGCACGUACGCUGGCCACCCGGGCGAGGUCACCUGUCUCCGGCAGCUGACGCGCGACGAGACGCACCAGGCGGCGUCCGUGUCGUUCGCGCUGCCCUCGGAGGCGCGCGACGUGCGCGUGCGCGCCGAGGCGGCCGACGGCGCCGUGCUGGUGACGGCCGUCACCACCGACGGUCUGCUGCACGUGUUCGAGCGACACCUGAACGGGGUGCGCAAGAAGCCGGUGCGACCCAAACUGACGGUGCGCGUGGCGACGGAGGGCGCCGCGCCGCGCCAGCUGCCCGUGCUGGCGGCCCGGCCCGGCGCCGAGCAGCCGGCGCGGCUGCACCUCUGCCACGGCUCCUUCCUGCGGCCCACCUUCGAGCGGCUGCCCUACGAGACCGACGAGCCGACCCUGUGCCUGGUGCGGGCCGACCCGGCGGGAGCCGCCGCCGCCGCCGCCUCGGCCUCGUCCGUGACGCGCGUCAAGACGCCGGCGGCGGAUGCCCAACUACCCAUGGAGCAGCGGCUGGGCGCACUGGUGGCACCACCCGCUGGCGGUGCGCUGGCGGCUCCUUCGGCGGCCAACAUGGCGCAGCUGCUGGUCCAGGGCCUGGCCAGCAAGGACCGCACCAUGCUGCGGACGGUGCUGCAGACCGAGGAGGCCGACGUGAUCCGCACCACGGUGCAGGCACUGCCCGUGGACGCCGUGCUGCCGCUCAUCGACAGACUCGGCUACAUGCUGCGCUUCGCCGACCAGAGUUUCUCCGGCCUCAAGUGGCUGCGGGCGGUGAUGGAGCGACACUCGUCCUUCCUGCUGACCCAGGGUGACCUGGACUCGCUGCUGGCGCCCGUCUACAGCAGCGUACAGGUACGGCUGCGCUCCUACCCGCGCCUGCUGCAGCUGCGCGGCCGGCUACAGCUGAUCGCCGGCCAGAUGGCGGCGCGGCAGCGGCAGGCGGCCGAGCGGGCCGGCGCGGCCGCCGACCAGCCGCCGCUGCUCGCCUACCAGGACGACUCUUCGGACGACGACGGUGACCUGCUCGGUCUGCCGGCGCACUCGCCGGGAGACCUGUCGGACAUGUCCGAGGACGACCACCCGAUGGAGGACGAGGACGCGUCGGAGGACGGCUCCGAGCCGGAGGACGGCGAAGAGCCCGACUCGGACGACAGCGACGAGGACGAGGACGAGGACGAGCUGAUGAACGGGGACUGAACGGCGUCGCGCGUGCAGCGACGGUUGAGAAACAGCCUGGUGCCGGGGCCCUGGGGGUCCAGCCAGACCGACGCACCGCCGGCCGACAGGGACGACAUCUGUUGACGUUUUGUGUAAUUAGCGGGAGAUGAGAUAUUUUUAUCGGCUGGUGCUGUGUGCCACUGGUGACCUUUCGAUGCCUUUUAGCGGUGCACAUGUGUGACGGAUGUCGCUCCUUCAGCUGCCGCCGAGUGUGUUAACGUGGUUACAUCUGCAGAGCAUGCUUUAGGGCGAAUACAUGGUCAUGACGCAUCAUCGCGAA